AUGAGUGAAGAAGACUACAAAAAUGAGGAGCCUAUUGUUGAAACCACCCAUGGAAAGAUUCGUGGGAAACUGUUACAUGGCAUUUACGGUGAUCCCUACUACUGCUUUGAAAGCGUUCCGUACGCAGCGUCUCCUUUGGGACCACAUCGUUUCAAAUCCCCACGCCCACUGCAGCCCUGGACAGGCAUCAGGGAGUGUACCAUAACAGGGCCCGUGUGCCUCCAAUUAUAUAAUAAUAAGCUUGUGGGCAGCGAAGACUGCUUAAAUCUGAGCAUUUAUGUGAAGCUGCUACGGUCAUCCAAACCUCUGCCCAUACUAGUGUAUGUGCACGGGGGUAUGUUUAAGCGAGGCGAUUACACACGGCGAGAUUGGGGUCCGGAUUAUCUAAUGCAGGAAGAACUCAUAGUUAUAUCUGUGGGUCAUCGCUUGGGUGCAUAUGGUUUUCUCAGCUUUCCGGAUGAUCCAACCUUGGAAGUGUCGGGCAAUGCUGGACUUAAGGACAUCAUUUGCGCACUGCGCUGGAUUAAAGCAAAUGCCAGUAAUUUUAAUGGCGAUCCAAUGAACAUUACUCUGGGAGGCCAUAGCUCCGGCAGCAUAUCAGUCCAAUGGCUACUGGCCAGCUCACAAACCGAAGGUCUGUUCCAUCGUGCUAUUUUGCAGGGGGGAUAUGGACCCGAGUCGCAGUGUCUGCCAAACAUUGCAUAUCGUCUGGCCGUGCAACAAGGAUACCAAGGUCCAAAUGAGUCGCGAUUUAUUUUCGAGUACCUCAAGGGUUUGCCGUCAGAACAGUUGGCCGACUUCCAUGCCCUCACCGACGAGGAGAAAAACAUGGGGCUGCUUAUAGCAUUCGCGCCCGUUGUGGAGGCUUCAUGGUGCAACGACGCCGUAGUCACCUCAGAGCCAGUGUUGGCACAGAGGACCUCGUGGAGCAAUCACAUACCCUUGCUUUUGGGCGCUACAGAGAAUGAGUCGCUCUAUUCAUCAUACGGGAAGUAUACCAAGGACCCCACGUUUUAUGAAAAAAUCCAUUCAGAACCGCAGAGAAAGCUACCGAAUGUGCUUCAGUGGAGGUGUCCAUUGGAGUUACAGCACUUAUUGGGGAAGCAGCUGUUAGCUGUCCACAUCGGUCGGCUUUGCGAAGCCAUCGAGCUGGACUCUUACAAUUUGGUUUAUCACAACAUGCAUCGAUUUGUGGAGUCCCGAAGGCGCUAUUCUACCCAGCCAGUCUAUUUGCAAAGAUUUGCAAUGGAUUCGCGCAAAUUUAGUUUCUAUCGUAAUCGUGCCUUGGGUGACGUCUUUAUUCCUGGUGUAGGCCAUGCGGAUGAAUUGCUUUUUCUUUUUCACAGACCUGGAUUUAGUGUGGCGGUGUGUAAGAACAGUGACGAAUACAAGACCAUGCGACGCAUGGUCAGCAUGUGGAGUGCGUUCAUAACGCGCGGCAAUCCAAAUACUCCCGAAAUAGAGCCACAGCUGUGGUCACCAGUGGACCCAACAAGUGCUUACAAGUGCCUAAACGUAGAUAGGGAGCUUACGUUGAUUGAGUCUCCAGAAUAUAGAAAAAAUUUGGUCCGGGAUGGUUGGUAUAAGCAAGCGGAGCUGCCUCUAUAUUAGGUGGAAAGCUGUAGUACCAGACAUCUGGGGCAUGUCUCUUUUUAAUAUUACCCUUCAGUUUCAACAGUUUAUGCAAAUUAUUCCAAUUUGUUUUUUAAAGGCAUGAAAUUCAACAAAAUAAUAUAUUUGUCUUUUAAAAGAA